CUAACGGUUCCGGGUUUUUUCCCCACAAUUACAGCUCAUUGCUACUUCAGCCUUAACCGUCUUCUGAUAAAACCUUCAGUUUACCAGCAACAAAAUGCCGCUAAAGUUUGAGUUAUGUCCCGGUAGAAUGAUCGGUGGUAACCAUCCGUGCUUCAUCAUAGCUGAAAUUGGACAAAACCACCAGGGAGACAUUGAGAUUGCAAAGAAAAUGAUAAAAAUGGCAAAGGAUUGUGGAGCGGACUGUGCUAAGUUUCAGAAGAGUGAAUUAGAGCACAAAUUUAACAAACGAGCUUUGGAGCGACCCUACACCUCUAAACAUUCCUGGGGAAAAACCUACGGUGAACACAAGCGCCACCUGGAAUUUAGCCACGAUCAGUACAGGGAGCUGCAGAAAUAUGCAGAGGAGGUCGGGAUUUUCUUCACGGCCUCAGGCAUGGAUGAGAUGGCAGUAGAGUUUCUACAUGAGCUCAAUGUGCCGUUCUUCAAAGUAGGAUCAGGAGACACCAACAAUUUUCCCUACCUAGAGAAGACGUCCAAGAAAGGACGUCCUAUGGUAGUGUCCAGUGGGAUGCAGUCCAUGGAGACAAUGCGCCGGGUCUACAAUACUGUGAAAAAACACAAUGAGAACUUUGCCAUCUUGCAGUGCACCAGCGCCUAUCCCCUGGAAGCUGAAGACGUCAACCUCAGAGUGAUCGCUGAAUAUCAGAAGGAGUUCCCUGACAUUCCUAUUGGUUAUUCUGGCCAUGAGUCUGGGAUCAGUAUCUCUGUGGCAGCUGUAGCACUUGGGGCGAAGGUCAUUGAGCGUCACGUAACCUUGGACAAGACAUGGAAGGGAAGUGACCAUGCAGCGUCGUUGGUGCCCUCUGAGCUUUCCGAACUGGUCCAGGCGAUCAGGCUUGUGGAAAGAGCUCUGGGUAACAGCAUCAAGCAGAUGUUGCCCUGUGAAAAGCCAUGUCAUGACAAGUUGGGUAAAUCGGUGGUCGCCAAGGUGAGGAUUCCCAAAGGAGCUGUCCUAUCUGUGGACAUGUUGACGGUGAAAGUAGCCGAGCCCAUGGGUGUAGCAGCUGAGGACAUCUUCCAACUGGUGGGUAAGACUGUUUUGGAGGACGUGGAAGAGGACGAGAGCAUUGUGCCAGGAGUGGUGGACAAUUAUGGGAAAAAAGCUAAGUGCUGAAAAAUGCUCAAAGAGGAUGAACAUCACACUCCAGUGUAUGCUGGAGUGUGAUGGUCAUUCUAUUCAUACUGUAGGCAACCUGAUCUUCAGGUCAUGGAUGGACAGGGAGCAUGAGCUGUAAUUGGACAUUUGUGACAUGAAUGGAAGUCAUGUAAAUGAUCAAACUCUUUGAUUCAGCAGUCAUCCUUUUAAUUUCCGUGCCAAAAAUGCUAAUGGUGGCCUUAAUGAUCCUUACAUGAUUUUUGCUAGCUUCAGUGAUGCACUGUCGUAAUCUACGAGAAUCCUGGAAGCUCUUUCAUUUCAAUUUAGAGAUUAUCAGUACUGGUAGUUUCUACUGCAGCUGCAAAUUGUCUCAAACUGCACUGAUUUUACAGUUCCUACAUUUCAUUUAGAAGUCUAAAGGAGCGGUGUUUUCAUUGAAGAAUAAUUUUUUUGUGAAUGAUUUUGGGAACAUGUCAGCCUAGUCUUUAGUUAUUUAAAAGAAAAUCCUGAUGUUUGCUGUUUCCUCAUCUAUUUAAAUUUGGUUUAAAAAUAGAUGUUAGCUCAGGUUUAACUGGGAGACAUGUCUUACAUAGUUAACUUGUUUACAUCUGUAAUCUUUGAAAAUUGUCAUUCAACUGUCUUGGACAUUAUUGACUUACCCCUGUACGUCUGAUCACUUAUCAUGUAAGGAUCAUGUUGUUAUACUGUUGUAAAAUGUUGACGCUCAAAUAUACUGUAAUCAUUGAGUAACAAAAGAUGUAGCCUUCAAAAUAAAAUGCCAAUAUUGCAUUUA